AGUAAAAUACAGUAGCUGUUUUUUUUAACAAAAGGGCUGGCUAAUUUGUUGACAAAUAGCAUUUGCAGUUAUCGUGGCUUGGGUGAGGGUAGUCAAAGCAAAGCAUAAAAUGAUCACUGCACAGGUCAGUGCUAUGCACAUCCCCUCCCCACCUUUGUCUUGUGUGUUUAGACCUUAAGCCCUUUGGGGCAGGGACAGCCUCUCACUGUGUUUGUACAGCACCUGGCACAACGGGGUCCUGAUCUUGGCUGAGCCCUCUAGGAGCCACUGUAAUAUACAUACCAAAUCAUAAUGUUUUUAAUGCCCUCUGCCUAUGGCAAAUGGCAUUCUGCAGACAUUGAUUAUACACCAUUACAGGCUGUAGCCUUUUGGACCAGUCCUGUAGAACACUGUAUCGUUUUUUUGUAAGAGAGGAUUAUGGAUUUGAUGAACCAAUCGGCUGCUCUGGCGUGGUAAUUCCUAGACUGAUCCGGUGCAGCAAAUUCUAUGUUAACCUGGUGUGGCACCCCCUCUAUUUGGUUGGGCCGUGUCUUACUUCUGACAAACAACCAGCCUAACCCAAAUUCUUGGCUCCUGCUCAAUGCCUACCUAACACAGCCUUUGUUGCUCUUUCAAGGAGGUGCCUAUGACCUCAGCCUCCCUUACACCUGCUGCAGCGAAACAUGAGUCUGUGCUAGCCCACGACCCAUCAGUGGAACCUGGAGAUGGCAACAAGGAGCGCAUCCUGGCUGGGGCACGGGCCAGCAGCAAGAGAACCUCCUUGAAAAGUUCCAGUAGAACCUCCUGGAAGAUCUCCAAGAACCCUACAGAUAGCAGAACACCCAUGAGUUCUCCUCAAGUCAAAUCCCAGGCAUCCCCCUCUGCACAGCAUCUACACACCAGAAGCUAUAGUAAACAGAGUCUCCGGGCCAAAACUCCUUCUGCAUGGCGUCAUCUCACCAGAGAAGAAGGAGAAGAAGGCCGGGAUGUCUCAGGUGCCAAGGAACCAGCAGUAGGGCAACAUCAAAGAGGGAGGACAGGAAGUCUCCUACAUCUUGCAAAGUCUACCCAGAAGGAGGCAGAAAGUGUCCAAGCCUACUCAGAUGGCAAAGAACCAGUAGCAGGGCAACAUCGACCGCUGGGGCCCAGGAUGCCUGGAUCUCCCCGAAAGACCACCAAGACCAGCCACAAGGAAGCGAGGGAAUUCCGGAAUGGCUUAAGUGCAAAGGAAUCCUUAGCAUCAAUAGGGCAAGACGUGAAAGCAGAGGGGAAGCUCUUUCAGGAGAAGAAAAGCAGCAUAAUCCCAAUUAACAUCAAACACAAGUUCGGGAGCAGCAUCGUGGAUGAGCUCGUCACCGAGGAGCAGGCGCGUCGUGCUCUGUGUGAGGCUGGACUGAUCGAGGGGCAGAAACGACUCAGCAACCGGGCCCCUAAGACACCAGAGAAUCCCAUGGCCACCACAUCCUUUGCUGAUUAUUAUGAACUGGGUUACAACCUGAGGUCAAACAUCUUCCAAGGUGGCCCAAUAGAGAGUAAGAGCCUGAUGAAGGAUUCCUAUACCCCAGAUGUGAUUCAAAGGGCAGUCAGAGACCCCAAGCACUGGCAUGGAAGGAAAACCGAUGACCUAGGACGAUGGCACCAGAAAAAUGCCCUAAACCUUAACCUGCAAAAAGCUUUGGAGCAGAAAUACGGAGAGAAGACCAAAGGUACCAAAUCCUAGAAGGCAAAAGACAGAGAAGCAAAGCGCUCUCCGAAAGGGACCCUGCUCUCCCUAG